ACAGAAAUGCCAGCACUGGUGACAUAUGGAGAAGAAAAGACAUGUUGCGCCUGUGAAAAGCCAAGGAAAUCGACUGGGACUCAAUUAAAACGCGAGCCGAAGCACUCCGUGGCGCCUGUGGAACGAUGGGGGAGCCGAAAGCCAGCGUGGAGCCCGACGAGGAGCAGCCGUUCAACUGUGUGGACGAGGCCAAUGCCAUCAUUAACGACGUGAAGGCGCAUGUUGCCGAAAUCUGCAUCUCCUCGAAGCUGGCCAGCGAUGCCACGCAGAUCUUCCUCAACAUUCGCACCAUCGAGAGUGCCACCUGCUGCGUGCAGGUGACCAGUCGUGGCUUCAAGAUUGUCUCUUCCCAGUACGAUACCAUAGACGAGGACAAGCGGAUCUCGGCUCUGCUCCGCAAUGGAGGAGGGAGCAACAGUGGCGACGAGGAGGAGGAGGAUGAGGAAAUCUUUGAAACACCCUAUGCACUGCUAGACAAGAUCAGUCCUCGCUACGUGGAGUCCUUUGGCAACCAGCUGUGCCAACAACUCAGACAGCUGCAGCAGAUGCGCACCGAGUUCCAUGAGGAGGACGAGGAAGAGGAGGAGGAGGAGGAGUGACUCCAGCUCCAGAUCCCGCCCGAGGCUGUAUACUCUUUAGACGGAAGAUUUUAAUGUUAGUUUAAUUGAAUGUUUCUCGUAACUCUGGAUCAUUCUCUGGAGCUUGAGCUCCGCCUUCCUACUUAUUUAUGUGUGUGUGUGUCGUGUGUGUGUUUGCCGCAAAAGUAUUCCCGCAUGAGAAGGUCAUGCAGUCGCCUCAUCCCACGCCACACCCUGUCCUGUCCUCUCCUCUCGUUGCUUAGCAAACGGAUACCGCUCUAGACCUUAAGACGUUUCAAAAAUAAAGAUUGUGAUUGCAACUCCA